CCUCAGCACGAAGGGCUGGACGAGGAGUGGAUAGGAAGCCGGGGAGGGAGGGAGGCUGCGGGGCUCUCCAGCACAGCUACAGCAGAGCCCGGACAGGCUGAAGCCAUGCUUUUCCUCUGGGCACUGGCAUUUGUUCUAGUCCUGCAGGAGCAAGAUCCUUUAGCUGCUGCAGAUCCUGUCAGUAUGGUACCUGGAAGUUUGGAAAGAGGAAGCUGGUGUAAUGAACAUAUGCUCCAUGAACGCUUAGAUAUUAUUGAAGAGAAGGUAAUAAAAACUGUGGAGCACCUAGAAUCAGAAGUCAAAUCACUCCUCAACAUCAUCAGUGAGACAACAUUGAAUAUCCCCACCGUUCCAGGAACUCCACUGAUAGACAUUUUUGAUGUUGGCUGUAUGGAUCUGGUCACCAUGACUGAUAAUGUCCUCCCCAACUUUGCUAUCCAUUGAAGUUUACAGUUUUCUGUGAGGGGCAGUUGACAGGUUAACAAUUAAGUUACUCCCCUGCAAUGGAAGGGGGUGUUCCAGUAAAAGUGAAAAGUAUUCCAGUAAAGCACUGCAGUGAAUUUAAAGUGGAAAUCAGCACAUUUGCAGCAAAUCUAUAGCAAGUACUACUCGGAUGGAUCUUGCAACAACUGCCAAAUUGCUCAAGAAUUACAGAUCAGACCUUCCUUCUAUGAUUUUGUGACUCAAGGUGACAAUUCCCCACUUUAGAGUAGCAAGAUUCAUUUUUUAAAUUAGAUUUAUCCACAAAGAUUGAUCCUGAUCUCAUAACCAAAAAUAA